AUGCCUCGCUUACGCCUGUCCAGACUUCUUCCAGCCAUUCUCCUCCUUGCAGCCAUCUUCCUUGCUUUCCGAGAAAAUGUAUUCGUCUCCGCUGUCCUCAAACUGGUUCCUCCAGUGCAACAACACCUGCAACACACCACCCAAUCCGUAUUCAGUUCGGAAAAUACUCCACAAUACAGUCGUCGUAUAGUAGCAGUUGGCGACCUCCACGGAGACUACGAGAAUGCCCUAAAAGUACUACAAAUGGCUGACGUAGUUGAUAAGUCGGGAAAUUGGUCUGGAAAGGUGGACUUGUUUGUGCAGACGGGUGAUAUUAUUGAUCGAGGAGUGGAUACUAUUAAACUAUUUCUCUGGAUGGAACAAUUACGAUCACAAGCACGCGCUGCUGGCGGCGACGUCAUCUCGCACCUCGGGAACCAUGAAUGGAUGAAUCUCCUAGCUGACUGGCGAUACGUCUACCCAAAAGAAAUAGCCACCUUCGGCUCAGUCGCCGCUCGUCAAAAGAUGCUCCAAACAGGACGUAUCGGGCGCGCCUGGGCAGCAAACUACAGCGUUACCUCUCGAGUUGCUCUUCAUCCACCUAUGGGACCCUUGUCUCCCUUUCCUUCCUCAGUAUCAUACAACCCGUCCUUAGGACAUUCUUCCAUCGACUUCGUCCCCAUAGAAUCGAAAGCAGACGGAAAAGUAAAUAUAGAAGAAGACCCACUAGCAGAUGCAACACUAAGCUUCGUACACGGUGGCCUUUCACCUUCCUACGCACACUUAACGCCGUACCCCUCUUCCAUAAACGACAUUGGGCGUACACUUCUCCGUCGCCUACAGACUCGUGUAUUCCCUCCUCCUCAUCCUCCUGCACCAUACGCAGGUCUUCCAACAGACGCAACCGAUGCAGAAAAAGGUUUAUAUGCGGAUGAUGGGCCACUGUGGUAUCGCGGUUGGGCGUUGAAGAGUGAGAACGAGGUGUGUGGUGAAGUGGACGAUGUGCUGACACGUACAGGUGUGAGGAGACUUGUUAUGGGGCAUACACCAAACUUUGAGCAUAUCACUUCGCGUUGCGGUGGUAAAGUCAUCAUCAUCGACACAGGCAUCUCACAUGCAUACGGCGGUACUCUUUCAGCAUUAUCGAUACAAUACAUACUAUCACCAUCCGAACCCUCGCCGGGUGACAAAGCCCAGCGCAAAUGGUCGGAACGCGAAGUCAUUACUGCCAUUUACCCGGAUCAUCAAGACGUGUUGGUCGUAGAGGAACGCGAGUUGAUGGGUUCGUAG